GACUGUCUGACACUAAACAUCUUGCUUGUAAUUUUUUUUUUUAAUUUUUAAUAUUUGUGCGGAAGUAAAACUGGAUAUGCUGGAGCAAAUUAGUUUCAGAAGAGUCUUUUAUCUGUCACUUGUGAUUAGCGUUAUUCACGAGACAGUAGACGCUCGAGUGAUUUUAACAGAAAAUGUCAGUGUUGAACCGGUCAUUGAAGCAAACUCCAUUUCACCAUUUGACAGCAAUGCACGUGCGCGUCUCGAGUUGUUCAAGCUUUUUAGAUCUUUAGAUGUAAGAAGUUUCAUUCCCUUAGCUGAUGAUGAGAAAUAUAUCUUGAAGAAAUUGGAGUUUCCAACGUUUGAUGAAUCGGAAGAAGAAAUUGAAGAUGAUGACGAGUUCGAUCUUUUGUGGUUUAUUAAUCCAAAGUUACGGGAAUCGCUGACAGGGGGCGCUGCAGUAAGAAGAAAGAAGCCGGAAAGCAGAAAAAGUACAAAGGAAAGCUGAAAAGAAUUUUUUU